GUCCAAGUCAUCCAAGGCUUCAGCCUGAAGAACCGAUGGAUUCUCUACACCAGCAUGAUGUUGGCACCAGCCCAAUUUAUCUCGGGGAUUGGGAGCAACUGUCCGAGCAACAUCGGCUUCCUAGCCUAUAAUUGGUACUCACAGGUCGUUUGGUACCGGGCCGUCAGGUCGAGGCAGAUCCAUGCGCUUGCCUUGGUACCAGUUCAUCUUAACACAACUUUC